AGAAACAGAAACGUAGUAGUGGUUUCCCAAAAGUUUUUCUUGGUGGUUUGCCAAAUAAUGUGACGGAGACAGACCUAAGAUCCUAUUUUAUUCGCUUUGGCAGAGUUAUGGAAGUGGUCAUAAUGUACGAUCAGGAAAAAAAGAAAUCCAGGGAAACCAAAACGUAGGGGUGGCUUUCAAAAAGUUUUUCUUGGUGGUUUGCCAAGUAAUGUGACGGAGACAGACCUAAGAUCCUAUUUUAUUCGCUUUGGCAGUUAUGGAAGUGGUCAUAAUGUACGAUCAAGAAAAAAAGAAAUCCAGGGGAUUCAGCUUCCUCAGCUUCGAGGAUGAAGAAACAGUGGACAGAUGCGUCGUGGAGCAUUUAGUCAACCUAAAUGGAAAACAGAUUGAUCCAAAACCAUGUAAUCCACGCACUCUUCAGAAACCAAAACGUAGUGAUGGCUUCCCAAAAGUUUUUCUUGGUGGUUUGCCAAGUGAUGUGACGGAGACAGACCUAAGAUCCUAUUUUACUCGCUUUGGCAAAGUUAUGGAAGUGGUCAUAAUGUACGAUCAGGAAAAAAAGAAAUCCAGGGGUGAUAUAUAUUUACGGCAGAAUACCGGCUCAAGUGUACCCGGGUUUAGCAGCAGUUCGGCUAAGACUCCAGAUUACACUACUAGGGUACUCCGCGUAUAGUAAUUACGCGGACAUCACUUAUCCUCAGCGUAUCAAGGAGGAGAAAGCAAUCAAGGUGAGUAUGCCACCAUUCUAAACCCGG